UGCAUUCAAUGAUGUCAUGGGUCUGGAGACACAGAAAAAUGGGUUGCACCCUGAUGACAUCAUCAAUGCUCUGAAGGGCCAUCUACCUGAGGGCUAUGAGUUCAAUCCUUUACACCCGCUAUCGGACCAAAAAGAAGAAUACAUUCAGAAUCCCAGUUUAAGUGACAAAACUCACUGUCUGGUCAGUAUUGUGACAGCAGACACAAUCUCUCGCAUGAAUAAGGAUGUCAUAGACAAGAUGAAACACAUCAGGGCAGAAGCCAGUAAACUGCAAAUCCAUCAAGUUGUUGUCAUGACCAUGCCAGACAAGGCUUGUGAGCUGGUGAAUAGGGAUGUGAAGAGAAUCUACUACAGCAAGGCAAUCAAAGAUAAGAUGCAGAUCUGCAGUAAUGAGCUGGGCGUUCCAAUGAACUGCAUCCUGCCUGUGAAGAACUACCAUGAGGAGGGGAUGAUGGAUGACGACAUGGACAUCCUGAUCCUGAACGCCAUGACUCAGAUUAUGAACUUCGCCAACGACUACAUCUGGGACCUCCAACAACAUGCAUGAGAUUGUGUCACACGCUAGGAGAUUAGAGAGCCAUGCAGUACAUAGCCUAGAUUUGAUUUCAGACUAAUUCAAGGUUAAUGUAGUCUUUUCCCCCCAUAGGAAAUAGGACAUUUGUUUUCGAGGCAGGAUAAAGUAACAUUGGAGGGAAAGUUGUCCUUCACAUUUUUUCAUAUUGUGGUUGUAUCAUUUAACUUAAUAUAAAAGCCUAAAUAUACUGUUUAAAGCCAC